AUGGGGUUUGUGUUUCCUGGAUGGCCUCAUUCUUACUAUUACUAUCACCUCAAACAGAAUUUGAUAUCAAAGUACCCGAAGUCAGGUUAUGGGAAACUGCUCCAAGACCGUGUUAUCAAUUUAUUUAGUAGAUGCGCAUAUGCUGUUACGGAGGAAGAGUUUAAGGUAGCAUUGGAGGAGUUGGUGAUUGUUGGGAGUUCGAAAGUGAAGACAUUUACAUCUGAUUUGUCUAGAGAUCACUAUGCCAACACAUUUUUCAAAGGAAUGCGUUAUGGGGAGAUGGCAAACAGUUUAGUGGAGUCAUUUAAUAAUUGGGUUGGUGUGUUUCAAGAUUUGCCAGUGCUACCUUUGAUAGAAGGGAUUCGACAGAAAUUGAUAGUAAUGAAUUCUCAACGACGAAUUGAAGCGGAGAAGUGGACAACAAUUUUGUGUCCGGAGAUGGAAACUAGACUAUGGGAAAAUGUGAAGGCCGGUAGGACUUGGGCAGUUCGUCCUUCUGGUUGCACUAUUUUUGAAGUAUUUGCUGAUUAUUCUAUGAUGGUUGAUCUUGACAAAGGACUUGUUCUUGUCGUCUUUGGAAAAUUGACGGUUUUCCUUGCACAUAUUGGGAAAGGCUUGGGCAGCAACGAUUCUGUAGCUGGAGUUGUGCUUCCGCCAAUUACAAAGAGGCCAGCUGGAAGACCACCAACAAAGAGGAUAAAAGAUUUUGGUGAAUUUAAAAGGCCAUUGAAAUGCAGUCGGUGCAAUGUUGCUGUGCACAAUAGGAAGACUUGCAAGGCUGUGAUAUGA